UAAUAUUAAAUUAAAUUGAGAUUUGGGUACUAUUAUUACUGUUAUCAUUAUUAAAUUAAAUUAUGCCGAAAGUUCGUAGAAGCCGGAAACCGCCUCCGGAUGGAUGGGAACUUAUAGAACCUACGCUAGAAGAAUUGGAGCAAAAAAUGAGAGAAGCUGAAACUGAAUCUCAUGAAGGCAAACGUAAAGUAGAAGCAUUGUGGCCAAUUUUCAAAAUUCAUAACCAAAAAUCAAGAUAUAUUUAUGAUUUGUUUCAUAGACGUAAAGCUAUUUCUAGAGAUAUGCUCCAAGAAAAAAGUCACAAAUGCACAAAUAGUCAAUUCUGGUGGGCACGCAUGUCACUUCCACGUUACCCUUCAAACAAAACGGCCAUUCUUGAAAAAAUAUUUCACAGAAAAACCCCGAGGCUCUUCUUUCCAAACCAUGACGGCAACUGAUGAAUUGUAUGAUUUCUGCCUGCAAGAAAAAAUUGCCGAUCAAAAUUUAAUAGCUAAAUGGAAAAAACAAGGUUAUGAAAACCUAUGUUGCCUUCGUUGUAUUCAAACUAGGGAUACAAAUUUUGGAACUAGUUGUAUAUGCAGAGUCCCAAAAUCUAAACUAGAAGAAGGUCGAAUCGUGGAAUGUGUGCAUUGUGGAUGUAGAGGUUGUUCCGGCUAAAUAAACAUUAAAUACUAGUUAAAUGAAUACUGAAUUAUUUUUAUUUUUAUAUGUGUAAUGAAUUUAUUUCUAUAUUAAUAUGUGUGCAGUAUAAGGUAUAAGCAUACUAACUGAAAACUCAACAAGUUAGACAUUUUUAAUUCCGUAGUGAUUAUGUAAAGUAUGAAUUCCAUUUAUUUUUAAGAUAAACAUUUUUAAUAACAAAUA